AUGCUAAUCGUUGCGUCCCAGUGCCCUCAGAGCGGCCCCGAUCCGUGCGGAUGUGCUGCCGCGCUCAAGCUUGACUUUGACAUCUGGUCCACCAGCCAGACCCUCAAGCGCAUCCGCGCGGACACGGCCAGAUGGCACGAUACGGUCAAGAGAGGAGCCGUGGAGCGCGGCCGUCUCCAGCAGCGCUACGAGGCACUGGCGGCGCAGUACGAUGCUCUGGUCGCGCAGCACAGCCAGACGCAGGCCCGCUGGUCGAAUUUCCAUAGCCAGCUGGACAGGGCGCACCAGCAAACGCUCAUGGACCUCGAGGCAACUCGUGCAUCGCACGAGAACACCAAAUCGAGGCCUGAAGCAGCCGAGCUUGGGUCACGAGAGCAUCAAGCCAACGCCGAGCUUCAGGAACGCGAGGCCACGCGUUGCCGGAGGGAACUCGCGGAGCAAAAGUUGAUCAAUCAAUCCCUGGAGGCGGUCUUGCGAGAGAAAGGCGUCGAGUUGGCGGAGCUCGGGGUCGCCGUGGCCCAGCACGAGUCGCUAAGGGCCGAAUACCAGUCGAUCGCGAGGGAGAACGAGGGCCUCGAGAAGGAGCUCGCGGACGCGCUCGACGUCGCCAACGACAUGUUCGAGGUCAGCGCCGGUCGCGUGCAGGCGGAGCCCGCGGAGCUUCUCGGCGAGAACAGGGCGCUGCGGCAGGAGCUGCGGGACGGCAAAGACGCCCUUCUGAAACGAGGGGGCGACGAGAAAUCAGAGGAAGACGGCCUCGAGGAGGAGUCGGGACUUAACGAUGUUCCUUGUGACGUCGCAGAGGACGGCCGGGGGAAGAAGAGGAAGCAUGAGGAGUAG